GAAGCACUCUCUCCUGUGAUUGGCUGAUUGCACUUUCUUGUGACUGUGCUGCCUCAGACUGUUACAUACUCACAGAGGAGCUACUGUGUGGAGCAUGUGUCAAGAGGAGCGGACUCUUUACUGCUCUGCUUCCUGAGACAGACUAUCAAUGAAGCAUGUAAGAUGACCAAUGCAGUGCCCUGGAGUUCCUCAAGCUGCGUGUGAGCGCCAUGGAGCCCACAGGGGCCUGCUCGCCCACUGUUCCAGAGCCGGAGUUGUAUCGAAGGAUUCAGGCCAUUCUCCCAAAAGAAACAGACAGCUCUCAAAGCCAAGACUGCUACAACAAGGGCAUGUUGAGGUGGACGCUUCAUAAGAAAGUUCAAAAUAACCCAGUCAAUAGCCUGUCUCUGCUGUGGGUGCUCAUAAAGGAACUUGAAAAGGCUGAAAGAUGGAACAGUCGCAAAAAUAUCAUCCCUCUUCUGCACACACUUAUGUACGCUCUGAUCCAGACGGCCUACAUUCCAGAUGAACUGUAUAAACGUGUUUAUGACUUCUGUAAGAGGCUCCUGACGUACCCCCAGCCCUACUGCACCAUUGGCCUCAGCUGCACCAGGCAAAUCAAGAAGGAAAGAGCUAUUCCAGGUCUUACUUAUCAGAGGAUGGUCAUAGCUGAACAGAGGUUAAAAAACAAUCUCUAUCCUUUCCAGGAGAGGGUUUUUGUGCUGGCGGACCCUGUGGUUUUCUCCACUUCUUUAACCAAAGUUGUGAGUGAUGACAUUGAGGCGUCUGUGUCUUCUGCAUGCUCCAAGGGAUGUACCUCUCCUUUAGAACACAUGUGCAGUGUGGUCCAGCACUCCAUCCAGGCAAACGUAGGCCUGGAGCACAGUGAUGGGGCCAGGCUGGCCAGGGCACUCAAGGACAAGGGUCACGACGUUGAGCACUACUUUCAGGAAGUGUUGGCGGCGUUUGAGCAGUGUGCAGAGGAGAGUGAGACACUGAAGAGCCGCUUGCUUCAGCUCUACCAUCAGAUUGUGGCAGAUACAGAACCAUUGUCUAGCGGAGCCUUGUGUGACUACUCUCUGCCCAACCCUGAUAUGAGCUUCUACCUGUGGACAGAGGAGCUGGAUAUCUGGCGAGAGCUGUCCAAGUGGUUUCGGUCCAGUUCGACAUCAGAUUCGUUCUCCGUGAGCCAGGAUCAGGACCAGGAUCAAUAUCAGGACCAGGAGGACUUUGACCUCGGAGACUCACCCCUGGAGCUGCCUUCGGACAUGACACGCUUCUCUGUCAUGUCCAACGACAGUGGCAUUGAGAGAGACCUCCCUCUCAGCGCUGAUCUGUGUAUUGGUGGUGCUGCUCUGAGUGCUGCAUGUGAACAAGGAAAGAGUGACCAGGACUCUGGGAAGCUGUCUCGAAAAGGAGGUAUAAAGUUGCGUCCCACAGUGAAGGACAGUGUGGCUCUAAUGCAAGACACACUGGAGGAGCACGCCUCUCUGGUAGGGGAGGGGCUGAGCGGAGGAAAAGGAGGACGAAGAGCUGCUACUUUACAAAGACGAGCAGGUAGCAACGCCAUGCAGAACCCCUUCCUCAAACAACAGAGAUACUUCACAGCCAAGAUCAUCGCCAUGGGAGACGACAGGGUACUUGGGCGCCUGGCUAAGACAUACUACAAUUACAGGAAAAGGGAAGCUCGAAGACUCUUUCUCACCAUGAAAGUGAACCUACAGUUUUAUUACAUCCCUGUCAGCACAUGUAAAUCACAUCACUCUGCCGUGAAGGAAAAUCUACAUCCACUAAAGGGGAAUGCCUGCACUCUCGGUUCUUACUUGAGCAUGGUAGAUCCUUGGUACAGCUGUAAUAUCAACAAUCUGGGAUCUACAAUAACCAAGCUAGCAAAGAUGCAACAGUCAAACUCAGGACCAACCAAAGAUCCCUUUAUUUCUGAUAUCCUUUCCUACUAUGUCCGACUGGGGCAUCAGCCUGUCUACUUCAACAUCUACUUUGUCAAGAUCCACUUCACCUCCAUGAUGAAGGACUCUGCAGAGGAUGUGUUUCUCACUCAUCUGGAGCUGGAGUUUCCAGACUUUCAGCACAUCUCUGCAUCUCUUAAAGAGAAACAGAAGAAGAACUCCAGUGAGGUGUGUGGAGCUAUGGUGUCAAUGAAUUAUAAAAAGGUGACAUUAAGCGGUCGUGAUACUGACAAAGGACUGUCAUUGAGAAUGAUGAGUGCUCAUAUCUGUGCCAUCCCCUCCAGUGAAGCUGAAGAUCUAAACUGUUUGGCACUCGUUUUCAAUGAAACAACAACCAAAAGUAAAAGUAACACUGCGGAAUCCAAAAUCCGGACUAAUAAUAUCAAGAUUCGGUCAUUAGAAAGUCGCUCGUUUACUGUGACGCUGGAUAAGGACAGCCGUCGUGUUUACAAGGAUGUUCAGAGCAUUGAGAUCCUCCCAUGUCUGGACCCCGGAUACUGCGUACAGAAAUCGAUGAGGUCCAAGUUUAACACUGGGGAGGAGAAGGACGCAGGACUCAGCAAGUACAUGAGCAAAGGACUUCCACUACCGAUCAACACUUUCGCUGGCAUCAUCAACUGACUCCAUGACACCAGCUGAAGGCCACGCUUUCAGACAAGCUGCUCUUCAAAACAUUGUGUGUGAAUGACUGGGAUUUUUAAAAUCCAGAUGCCUCAAAAAUACUAGAUUUUUUUUAAAUCAAAGACAAGAAUUGCUUUGUAGUUUAUGGUAUUUGAAAUCCAUUUUUACCAUGACAAAUAGUGACUAGUGUUUUGAUGACUCAGUCCUAUACAUUUAGCUGAUCUGAGGCUAAAUUUUGCUGUAGCUCUAAUAAGUCCACACUACCUUUCACUUAAAGAACUUUCAGUACAUACACUAAGAGGAAUGCAAACCGACAGACAAAUCACGUUUUAGAAAUUGGGUCAAAAAUGCAGCACUUGUGGUACAAAAUAUUUUUCAACCUUACCUUACUAUAAUUUAGUAGAAACUAAUAUUGAAACACCAGAUUAUUUACAGACUUUCACUUGUCACACAUGUUGAUGGUGAGUUUAAACCCAUUUCAGAUCAAAAGAAAAGUUCACCAUUCUAUAUAAAGGUAUAAUCUAUAAAAAUAGAUCUAAACUUGGUUCCAUGUGAAACUGAGACAUGCUUCAGGCCCAUAUGGCUGAAGUCAGCUUUGAAUUUCACCUUUUAUCUAAAUGACAUGACUGUUAAAUGCUGUGUUUUGCACAUUUUACAUGAAGGAAUUAGUUCUAUUGAUUUUGUAAAUACAUGAAGUUGUGUAUAUAUUUUUUCUAAUAAAUGAUUCCUCCGUAUAUUUUCUCUUUA